AUGAGGGACCUGAAGCACAAGGUUGCAGACAAGGCCCUUUCGUUCAAGGAAAACCACGAGACUCUGGCUGUAGAGUAUGUGCGAGAGCUAGCCGCGGCGGACGAGGAAGUGAAAGACAUUGCACAGAAUACCUUGGAAGAGACCUCGAAAGCUACCACCAGUGCCGAGCGCUUUUGGGUUGGUGUCUGCAAGGAUGCGCACAGAGAUCACGCCGAAGCGUCUGAACCUUCUCAAAAACCCGAAGGUCCGGGCUGUGGAACUCUGCAAGUGGAGGUGCUGAACCUCGGGGAGGAAACCUUGGUGAGAGCAGAUGGGAAACCUGCCGCGAAGCCAGUGCUGGUGAUGAGCCUGCAUGGCAACCGCAGUGGGGCACUACGUCCUGGUACUUGCAAUGCAGCAAGCUUCCAGGUGAUGGAAGUGCUGGGUUCAGACCUAGGUGUCUACGCCUUCGACAGGGGAAGCUCCAAAUUCGCCAUCGGCAUGGAGGACCAAGCCUUCUGUGGCGGCUGCCUGGUGCCUUUGACAACCCUGACGCAGCGCUGCAUGAAGAAGCGCUUCUGGGAUGUCCUUCGCAGCAGCUUCUCGCAGCAGGUCUUUCAGGCAGAUGUUAAGCUCCAGCUACUGCCUCUCCACGUGGUGCGCGGCAAGUGGAAGCUCGAGCCCGGUGAGGUCACUGGUGCGUCGCAGCCCAAGGUGCAGUUGGGCAGCGUGGUGCUGAGAUUGACGUUGUCCCUAGACAACACUCCAGCUUUGCUGUGCUUCCGGCCAUCAGAUGGCUUUCAAAGGCCAGCUAUGGUGGAGAGCCACAGAGGCCACGUGAGCGAUCCAUUCAGCGUUUUGAAGGCUGCUGGCCUGGCCGUUGGCCGUAUCUCCUUCGCGCUGAAGAUGGACUUGUGGAAGGCAACAGUUGACGACAUGCGCGACAGUUUGCUUUUCAGUCCCUUGCUGGUGGCUUGGUGGACCCUGACGGUUCUGGUGGCACCCUUAUGGACCUGGCCAUUUUUGGUGCAACUCGCCCUCAGCUUGUUCGCCUGGAGGCUGUACAGCUUAAGCCUCCAAGCGCCAGUCAGUGAACGGCGACGGCUGUAUGCUGAUGAGGGUGGCGGUGUCAGCAAAGACCUGAUGAAAGAGGCCAUGAAAGCACAGCUUCACAUCAUGCAGCUCACAGACUCUGUGAAUGCUGCGGCAUCCCAGAUCGAGAAGGUUAAAUUCAUCGUGGCCAUGGAGGACCGCUGCUUGUCCACCAUUUGCCUUGCUGCCGCCCUUGCAAUCUCUUUCAUGCUGUGCCUGCCCGCGCUGAUGCUGCAUUGGAUCAUGCUCUCUGGCUUCUGGAGGUACUUACUCUGGCUGCCUGGAUCUUGCGCGGUACUGCCAAAAGCCCUUCGCUCACCCAUCUUCCAGUUUCUGUCAAAACUUGAACAGCAACGACAAGAGCUCAUGGGCAAUGACUUGGAGAGGAUUCUCGAGGGCUUUUGGCAACGUAUGCCAAAUGGUACAGAGGCCUCGCACUUGUACCUCUUCAAGGAGUACGUGCUUUGCGACGACACACCCGCGACUGCACAGUAG